AUGGCCAUGGGCUGCGAGCGAGAGUGCCUUUUGGUACAGCUGAGUCAGCAGCCUCUGCUUUUCGUUUGCCAGGACUUCUUAUCCAGGCGCUCGUCUUCCGACAUCAUCCAUGCUGCCAAGAGCUUUGGCAAGGCAGCCCCAGUGUUCGGUGAGGACGUCAAGUACGAGAUGCCAUUGUGGCCCGAAGAACAACAGGGACUGGACCAACACCUGCGCGAGGAGCUUGAGUUGGUGUACAGGAGGCUGGACCUGCUGUGCGGCACACCGCGGCGGAGAGACGAGCAUCCUCCCCGCGUGCACUUCCAGGCGCCCCGCCGGGGUGCUCCGAGACCGCGGAUGCCCUCAGGGCUGCACCUGGACACCAAUGGCGCCCCACACCGGUUUGUGACGGCGCUCGUCUACCUGGACACGCUUCCCCAACCCGAGGGCGAUGGCGCCACCGUCUUUCCCUGCGCCAGCGGUGAGCCACCGGAGGUGCAGGUGUCGAAGAGGGCGCGUGAGGCUGGAGAGGUUCUGUGGCGGGAGGGCGGCUUGCACACGAAGAACCUGGCAGACCCCGAGUUGGAAAUACAUGCCGAGGAGCUCAUGGAUGGCGCGCAGGCGCGGAAGGGGCUGUCAGUCUAUCCCGAGUGCGGCAAGUUGGCCCUCUUCUUCUCCACAGGGGACGAGGGUGAUGUGGACCCCAUGUCAUGGCAUGGUGGAGCUCAGGUGGGCGCGGCGGGGGAUCAUGGAGGCAAGUGGAUGCUUCAAAUCUUCAAGACCAUCCCUCCGGAGCUGCGUGGCCGGAAGGAGCUGAUCUCCCGCUUCUGCCAGCGCUGCCGUCAACCACCGGACUUCACGCUUGACGGCGUUUAUCACCGGCAAGUGGGCGCAAGGCCCGGCGGAGACGGCGAUUCUGCUUACCCCUGCGCAGAAAAGGAGGCUCGCUGA